UUUCUUCCCUAGCAGUAAUCCGGUUUCGCUCCUACUACGAUCCCGCACCUCGCGAAGUUCUGGUUUCGUAUGCGGGAUCACCUCGAAGAGUGAACGACAACAGUUUUCGGGCCUCUUACUAGGCAUUUUCGUCUUUCAGACGUUAGUACUACGACUUGGUACUUUUACUGGCCUCGUCAUGUCGCGAUCAGCGUUCAAUUUCCUAACAGACGAUCUCAUCUGCGUCAUCUUCCGCCUGCUAAACCAGCAGUCAUCCAGCAGAUUCAGUCACGCCUUGGUCUGCAAGCGAUGGCAUGGCCUCGCUUGUCUUACGCAAACGACCAUGUUUAAUACGUCACAUAACCUGGCAGCAGACGCCGAUCUUCUGAAAACGCUUUCCCAGUUCAAGAAUCUGGCUUCGCUGACGAUAAACGGAUGCGAGAUAGAUGAGGAUGGCGAGUUCCUCCUCGGCCUUGGCUCCGUCUGUCCCAAGCUAACUCAUCUCGACCUGAACAAUCCGCGGGAGGCCGCGUUGACGUAUGAGGGAAUGGAUGCGCUUUCCACGGCAUGUACCAGGUUGCAGCACCUCUCGCUGAAUCUGCUCUCGCACGACGGAAAUGUUCCACCAUCGCUCUUCAGCUUACCUUUCUUGACUGAGCUUUCGUUGCUGGGAAACUUCGAGGAUUUUCCGGAGCAAGUUGGCGAGUUAAGUCCCCUGAAGAAGCUGACUCUCGGCCGUCCGAAUUUCAGUGAGCUUCCAGAAUUCGUCGGCCGGCUCACUGAAUUGACGGAGCUGCGUUUGAUGCGCUGCGCGUUUCUCGCCAAUCUUCCUGAAUCCUUUGGCGGCCUUAGCUCGCUAGUGAAACUGACCAUUCGUGACGCACAGGACUUGGAAGAACUUCCCGACGCCAUCGGCCAGCUUCAGAGCCUCCAGGAGUGCUUCUUGCACGGCGAACUGCCCCUCGUCGAGCUUCCUGGUCCCUUCUUCCAGAUCACCUCUCUGCGGAUUCUCGAGCUCGUGAAAUGCGACGAAUUUGAAUGGCUCCCGGACGCUAUGUCCAGACUCGUCUCUCUAGAGUCCCUAACGAUCGAGAGUUGCAAGAGCUUCAAUUCGCUUCCUGGCUCCAUCUGCAGCCUUUGCACCCUCCGUGUACUGAUCGUUAGGAAUUGCCCAGCUCUUGACGAUUUCCCACAGCGUUUAGACGGCCUGACCGCGUUAGAACGUCUAGAGCUGUACCACCUCAAAAGCCUUACUGUGUUUCCGGAUACUUACGUGCUGCCCAACCUUCAAACAUUUUGCUUCAAUUACUGCAACAGCAUUACCGACGUCCCACCAGCACUGUUCCAGCGCUGUAGCGGCCUCACGAGUCUUGAGUUCGGUUGGCCGGCAAGCAGUGAGGACACACAAGUGGGUGGCGACGUGUCUGCCAUCCACUCUUUCAUGUCCUCGCUUUGCCAGCUGUCGAGCCUCUCAACGCUCCUCCUGUUCGGUCUUCCCGGCGUAACUUCACUUCCACGUCAGAUCAGGAAUCUUUCGCAGCUGCAGCGGCUGACACUAUGCUCCUGUCCCGACCUCCGAUCUCUGACUAAGUCUAUUUGGGAACUUACAAGUCUCAGGGCACUUGUGGUUCUGGCGUGCCCGGCUUUUGAGGAUGAGAACGAUGCGAAUCUUCGAGAUCUGGACAGUGGUUGGGUCGACGGGAGAUUGCUGGGAGCAGGAAAGUUUUUCUGGACACGCUAGUGAGAACGCGAGGGCACUUAGUGCUUAGAGAUGCGAGGACUCGAGUUAUCUACGGUACAGUGAGGACUGGUGGGCUGGAGGGGGAAGUAGAGAGUUGGAGCACUGGAGAUUGGCUUGGGAAAGCAAUGCAGGGGGUCGGAAGUCAGCUUGCUGCUGGUGCUGGAGGGAUGGCGGCACCGUUAGUGACAACAGCGCUGCGGGGAAAUCCGUUUCUUCGAAAGUUGACAGACUCUGCGCUGCUCGGCAUUUGUGUAACAACGUGCAACCAGCUGCACAACACCCUCUGCGGUUCAGGUUCUGGGGUUUCUGAUUCCGAUUCCAGCGUUCAGCCACCCACCGUGCUGCCUCCUGUGGCCGAGCUUCGUAACUGUGACGGUCUGCUGACUGUUCUCUGCAAGGCUGUGGGUUUGCUGACAUCAAUUGCUCAUGUUGCAACUCAAGCAUCGCUCCUGCCAGUGCUUGCUGGUGUGAUUGAAACCGCAGGCUUCUGCAGAGCAGAUGUAGCGACUUUGUUCUGCCAUGAGAUUCAAUCCCUCUCUCUAACUGGGUCAACAUGAGAAUGGUGCAGUACGGUUUGCGGGUAUAUGUGCAACGCUGCACACUACAGUAGACAAAAUACAACCUUAUAAUCUAU